CACGACCAAAGCUCUAAACGCGAGAAUGGAAGUUCUUCACGACGCCCCGAACCCCGCAUCUUUCGUCACGCUCGCUGAGCACCAAUCCCACACGCCCGAGUCCUUCUACUCCGGGCCUCCGAUCCUGCACCACCUGAGCGAGAGAUGUAAGGUUGUGAUCCUGGACGGAGAUUUGAUCUCCACCCCAGCAUUGAGCGGUCUUAGACCUUCAACUGCCGGUCCAGAUGCGACAAAUGGCGCGCCUACUAUCGAAGCGUCCGGAGAUCAAGAGAAAGAAGUUGUGAUUGAUGGUGUCGACGUUUGGGUUACAUCUGAGAAAUUGCUCCUCUACAAUGCGGCUGCGACGACCGGCGUCGCCAUUCCGUACCCUACGAUCUCGCUCCAUGCCAUUCAGCGCCUCAAGCUACCUAACUCACAGGAAACAGCGGAUGUACAAGGACUAUACAUGCAGCUCUCAACGGGAGGGGAUGCUGAGGACAUGGAGGAGGACGUAGAGGAAGAGCCAGUCUCCUUGACCAUUGUCCCGCAAACGGCUAGCACACGGGCAGAAGGGGAGGGAGAAGACGAAGCGCUCCUCACAGACGACAAGCCUUCCCAGACUCCCACGGAACUUCUCUUCGCUGCUUUAUCUACCUGCUCCAACCUCCACCCAGACCCGGCCGCCGGCGAGGAAGAGGUUGAAGAUGAACAGCAGCUUGGGAACAGCGUGUUGUUCCAGAAUGGUCUGAUCAUGCCUGGAAACAGUGCAGGCGGGCUUCCUCCUGCGAUGCCUGGAAGUGGAGGAUGGAUUACGGCGGAAAAUAUGCACGAGUACUUUGACGAGGAGGGUAACUGGAUUGGUGAUGACCAGGGGCCUCUGGGACCGGGCGCAGGCUCGACCCGGCCCCGAGAGGACGACGAGGGAGGCCAAAACGGAAGUGGUGCAGAGACGGAAGAAACAAAAUGGCGAAGAACCGGGUGAUCAAUAUCUUCAUGGAGCAAUAUUGUCUCAAAAAUGAUCGAAAUGCAAAGAUUAAAGGGAGAUGAGUUGCGAAGCCUGUGAAUACUCAAGAAGUUGUGCUAUCCAA